UUUAAGCGGAAGUGAUGAUAUUCAGUCAAAAUCGAAAGCAACCUUAAGUGAAUGAGGAAAUAAAAUUAAAAUUCACUCACUGUAUGUCGUCCUUCUGAUUAACCUUUUCGUCACUUUAAACUUUUUUUUUUUGUAGUUUCCAGGUAAAAAUAAAAGUUUACUGUACAUCAUGCCUAAAAAUUCCGAAUUAAAGAUUAGCGUCGAAAAUGCGGCGAAGGUGGAAAGCUUCAAUCAAGCUUUGCUAUUUGAGACAAACAAUCUCUUCUCAGUUUCGAUUCCUGCCAAGAUCCUCAAGCUGAAUGCUCUGCUUCAGGAAGUCAAUGGGAUAGAUAUGUCGGCACUUAAAGCGCCACUGGACAUCCCCAUUCCUGAUCCACCAAACCCUGAUGAAGAGGAGAUGGAAACCAACGAAGAGAAGAAGAAAAAACCCAAAUGCGGCUUUAUCAAGUCCAACGAAACCAUCUUGGAGCUUGUGGGCAAGUUGAAACCCGAAAUCGCCAACCAACGGGAGACGUUCAUCACCGUGGCAUGCUGGAUUCAGCACUUCAUCCCCAAAAUUGAAGACGGGAACGACUUUGGCGUGGCAAUUCAGGAGAAAAUCUUAGAGAGGAUUGCUGCCGUGAGGACCAAAGUGGACGGCUUCCAGCCAAAUAUUAACAAGUACUUCCUCGAAAGAGGAGACGCCGUGGCUAAAGCCUCCAAAGACACUCAUGUGAUGGAUUACCGUUCGCUUGUCAACGAGAAGGACGUCGCCGUCUACUCAGACAUCAGGACGAUCAUCCUGGAUUUACGUAGCUUUUACGUGGAACUUUACGACAUGAUCAGCAAGAACAUGGAGAAGGUGACCAAUCCUAAAGGCGAGGAGAAGCCGUCCAUGUACUAAAAACCAGGGGAAACACUGACCAUUAAAAAAAAAAAAAAAAAAAAAACUGGCUUCAACACAUAAAUAUCAAUAAAACACUUUUUGGUUGC